GUGGUUGCCUAGCAAGUUUCUCAUCCACAGUGCAAAGUUUGGAGACGUGUUGCUCGAUUCCUGUAUGUGCUGUGAGCUCAACGCAACUAUUUUCCACACGUUUUCCCCCUAAAGAGGUCCAGGUGGCAGCUCUGACGGUGCAAGAUGUCCAUCACAGGAUUUAAGAAGCAAUUUUACAAAGCUAGUCAGAUGGUGAGUGAGAAAGUCGGAGGCGCAGAGGGAACCAAACUGGAUGAAGAUUUUAAAGACCUAGAAAGGAGAGCAGAUGUUACCAGCAAAGCAGUUGUGGAAGUCAUCAAUAAGACAUCGGAGUACCUCCAGCCCAACCCAGCAACAAGAGCUAAGCUUUCCAUGCUCAACACUGUGUCCAAAAUCCGUGGGCAGGUGAAGAGUCCAGGUUACCCCCAGCCCGAGGGUCUCCUUGGGGAGUGUAUGACUAAAUAUGGAAGAGAGAUGGGCGAGGACAACAACUUUGGUGGGGCUCUAGUAGACAUAGGAGAGUCAAUGAAGAGGAUGGCCGAGGUCAAGGACUCUUUGGAUAUUGAUGUGAAGCAGAACUUUAUUGACCCACUACAGGCAGUUGCUGAGAAGGACAUCAAAGACAUUCAGCACCACCUGAAGAAGUUGGAGGGCCGUCGUCUGGACUAUGACUAUAAAAAGAAGCGUCAAGGUAAAAUCCAAGAUGAAGAAAUCAGGCAGGCCCUGGAGAAGUUCCACGAGUCCAAAGAGCUGGCUGAGAGCUCCAUGCAUAACCUGCUGGAAACAGAUGUGGAGCAGGUGAGUCAGCUGUCUUCCUUUGUGGAGUCUCUGCUGCAGUACCACAGACAGGCCUCACAAAUCCUGGAGGAGCUUUCUGACAAACUGAGAGAAAGGGUGAAUGAUGCUCAGUCGCGUCCAAGGCGUGAAUACACACCCAAACCCCGACCAGCCUUUGACUUUGCAGAGGUGGAACAUUCAAACGGCGGAUACUCCCCAGCUGCUUCAAGCCCUCCAGCUUACUCUCCUGCCCCAGCACAAUAUCCAGGUGCAUCCUUCCAAAGAACCUCCAUCAAGAGCAGAUCGCGUGAGUGGACAGAUGAAGAUGGCGAGCCAUGCUGUAAAGCUCUGUAUGACUUUGAGCCAGAGAAUGAUGGAGAGCUGGGCUUCCACGAGGGUGACAUCAUCACCUUGGUCAGUUACAUUGAUGAGAACUGGUUUGAAGGAAGCCUUCGUGGAAAAUCAGGAUACUUCCCCAACAACUAUGUCGAAGUGGUGGUGCCUCUGCCACACUGAAAACAGCAAGGCAAGAGGGGAAUGAAAGGGGAGGAUAGAGGAUAGCUUAUCAAUUCAAUUACCAAAAUAUAUUUUUUCUUUAUUGUAAUUAAAGGGUAAACAUCUCAAGACAGUGACCAAAUUGUUUGUAUGUAAGGAUUAUUUGAGUAAAGGGGACAUACUUUUUUCGUUCUGUCAAGAUUUAAUGGACUUGUAAAAACAUUAAGAACCGAGGGCUGUUCCAUCAGUAAAAUGAUGGCAUGAUGUUUGGGUGCAUUUAUCAUAUCCUGGGUCUUUAUAAUCAUUGUCUAUUGCACCUAUGCACUUUGUACACUACACCUCUAUCACCAGGACAGAAGGAAACAGACCAGGAGAGAAUGGCAUCUGUAAAGCCUCGUGCAGCAGUACCCACAAAUGCUAAGAAGUGCUACUAACUUUAUUUUUUUUCAUAUUUUAUAUUUAGAAAACAACAUCUUUUGUUAUGUGUAUUGUUCAUAUAGGUACUACACACAUGCAUGUAUAUGCAAGUAUACCUCUAAGCACUCUUUUCUACACUCCUAUCUUUAAACGCUACCUUCCGGCUUUAAUGCUGUUGUCGUCAUGGACUUGUAAGAGUCAACAUGGACGACUGGAUGCCUUUUGUCAAUCUUUGACACUAUUCUCCACUGCCAUCUGGUGGUGCUAAGGAUUAUUCUUAGCUGUUUAUUUGAGUGACACGUCAUACGAUUUCUUUUGGUUAUCUCUCACCAAAUCCAUGCUGGGUCGUUUGUCCUGAUAUGUUUUCAAAUAUAUAAACAUUAAAAAAAAACUAUCUGGAGUGAGUCACUAGACAACAACUCACUACUGUUUGUAGCUGUUCUGUAACUGCAGUUUUUGCAGACAUUUUAGCAUUAGCAGAAAGUUUUAGAUGUCAGUUUUUAAAAACACGAUGGAUCCAUAAAUGCACUCCUUAUAUUCUUAUAUUUAUCUCACUAAUUAAGAAGCCAUCAGUGAGCUUAUUCACCUACACCUCUUCAAUUGUUUUUUAAAGCACUCCACCAUAAUGUUUCUAAGCACUGAUGCCAAAGAAAAGUUGCCCUUAUUCCCAAAUUGCAUAAGGCUGUUUAUUGUCAUCAGAUGUAUUUCAUACAGACUGAUGUGUGAAAUUCAGUAAAAUAGUUGAGAUGGUCCGAUGCAAUCAUUAUCUCCUCCCACCUCUAAUAUUGUGCAGCGUGACACCAAAGCAAAACCUGUAUGUCCUUUAGUUUCUCUGUUUUCUCAGGCUCUAUUGAUACUGCUGGCAGUGUCACUCACAAUAUUUCGAGGUCUUUUAUUGAACUGUUUGUCCAUGAAUUUUCUCUGUGAUAUGUUUUCCCCCUCGGUGCUGGGGUAAGCUUGGCUUUAGUACUCCAGCCUAUAAUUGGAAGCAUGGAAAUUAAUCUGAAGUGUGUUUGGUGUUUUUGUACCUGCGUCUCUUUUCAGCCUGAAACUGUGUAUCAGACCUGAUAGAAAACGCAAUUUCCCAGUUAUUGUAUACUCAAUUUACAAAUAAUGAGGAAGGUCUGUACACAAAGGCUGGUUUCAGUUCCAAUUAAGCCUUUUACAAGCAAACUAUGACCUGUCAGGGUUUGUGCUGUUCACUAAAAUGCCAACUUUCUCCUCUUGUCAUGAUCCCCUUGUUAGACCGCCCCCAGCUCCACUCAUCUCUCCCAUCUCCAUUUAGACUGGGAGUGGAACAGACAGGUCUUUUCAGAAUGGAAGGGCACACAGCAGUGGAUUAUGCCCUCCCCCACUAGUCUUUAUUCACCACCUGCCCCUGUACUCCUACCCCCUUUCUCAUUAUCUGCCCCUAUCCCAAGCCCAUGGUGCCUCUGGACCUCAGUCUCCUGGUCUAUACUUGGAAUAAUACCCUCAUUGCUAUCAUAGUAUGUGCCUCUUAAUGUUAUGUUCUGAUGUCUCCUCUGUUAUUCAUGGUAUGUUUAGGGCCGACGGGGUUCGACUGUGCUGAGUAAUAUAUGUGGUUCAGGUGCAGGUUUACAUGCCUCAUUACACUAAAUCAAAGGCCCUCAGUUUAUGAGCGAAGAAGGGUCAGAUGCUCAGGAUGAGCCGUUUUUAGCUUGCAUAUUAUUGAUGAAUAAUGUGGAACAAAGGGCUAAGAUCAAUUUUUGUGGGCUGCUGCUGUCACAGCUGAAAUAGUCUGAAUGCUGCAGCUGACAUCUUCAACACUAAACCCAGUGCCUGAACUUUGCAAUAUUGAUGAAUGAAGUAUUAACAGCCUUAAAGCUUUAUUUCAUUAUGCACAAUCUUAAUGGAGUUUUCUGUGUAUAAAGAAAAAGGAACUUCUUUGCAUGUGUCUUCAGUACAGCUUUAGUCUUAUGCAAUGUCUUGUUUUUGUAACUGUGACGUUAUGGGGACACUAGAAGUGGGAUUAUCCUGGAUUAUCUUUAGGAUGUAUGGAUUACCUCUGUACUAAAUGUAAUCUUGUGUAUUGUAUGUUUAUUAUUGUGUAUGAAUGUAUGCUAUUCAUUUGUUUAUUCAAAUAAAUGCUAAGUAAUUUGUC